GUUCAUUAUCAAGUUUAGAAUUCGCUCACAUAAUCUCAUCAUCAGAAGAUAUUUCAGAAUUUUUAUCAAAUGAAGAACUCUCCUCAGAUGACAAAUCCUCUUCAAAUGGAAAAUCUUCGACGAUAAUCGGCUUAUUUCUUAAAGAUACUUUUAUUAAAUAUUUUUUUUGCUUUGACUGA